CGGCACACGAUCAAAUAAACCAUUCCCAUGGUUACACGUAGCUUCCCCUCCCGCGCGCUCCCACUCCAUGCACCUGCUCACGGCCACCAAUCAAUCACCAUUGCCGCCCCGGCCCGCCCGUUCCCUUCUUCCCUCUCUUCAAAACCCCGCAUGCCUUUGCCUUCCUGACUGGUGACUCUCGCUCUCUCUCUCUCUCUCUCUCUCUCUCUCUCUCUCUCUCUCUCUCCGACCCCCACUGCCCAUCGCCGAUCGAAGAUGCAGGGCGACGCCGACGCCGACGACGGGCACUAUUUCUUCUUCAGCGCGCCGGCGAGCCCCGUGCACUACAUCCUCCGCUCCCCGCCCUCCUCCACCGCCGACGCCGCAGCCUCGUCCCCUUACUUCGCCGAUGCCGACUGCUGCGCCGCCGCGGCCGCAGCAGGGGACUUCGAGUUCGCCGCGCACGCCGCGGGGACGCACGGUCCCGGCGGCACCAAGGGGGCAGGCGUGGCGACGAUGAGCUCCGCCGAGGAGCUCUUCGUCGCCGGCCGCAUCCGCGUCGGCUGCCUCUCCCCGAUCCGACAGGAGGACGAUGGCUGGGAGGAGUGCGGCGGCGGUGGUGGCGGCGGCGACGAGGAGGAGGAGGAGGAGCGGGACGGACGCUCGCCGCGGGCUGCUACUCGCCGGGCUAGGUCCGCGUCCCCGACGCGGAGCCCCAGGGCCGACAGGGGCGCCUUCGCCGAGCCUUCCGGCCCCUUCGCGUCCGCCUCCUCGUCGUCUUCCUCCUCCUCCUCCUCCUCGUCCUCGGCGAAGAACAUUCGACGGCGGAUGUCGCUGCGGGACCUCCUCAGCCGCACGGGCGGCAGCGACUGGGCGGGGGCGGAUCAGCAGGCAUCAUCAGGCACCGAGGUCACCAGCAGGCUGGGUUUCUGGCCGCCGUCCAUCUGGCCAUCGCGCUCGUCCAAGAAGCCCUGCCCAGCGCCGCCUCAGCCGGCGCGCCGCUCCACCUCCUCGGACAGGCCGGCGGGCGCGGUGCCGACGACGGCGAAGAGGGCGCGGCCGGGCGGCGGCAGUGCUCGGCGCACCACGUCGCUGCCGUACAGGCAGGGACUGGUUCUCGGGUGCCUGGGCUUCGGGGCACGGGGCUACGGGCUCGCCAAGUCCAUGCAUCCCCUCCCCUCCCGUUGAAAACCAAAACCUAGCAGAUGAACACGAUCGAGGUGCGUUUAGGCCACAAAUCACGCCAUGAUUAUGCCUCAUCCCACGGCAUUUUCACAGAAAUUGCAGGGGUUACAUACAGGAAAAUGAUUCGAUUUCAACCACACUGCUUGUCAUGUUGUCGGAAAAAAAAGAAAACUACACUGCUUGUCUGCUUAUCUAUUACUAUGAGCCAGAAAACAAGUAUGGAAUCAUCAGAUUUUGUUCUGUUUCAUGGUAUGUUAUAUAUGGAGUAUUACUGUUUUUUUUAUUUUUUAAUGGGAACAAAUGCUACAGCUAUAUAUUUGUCUGGCGUACAUUGGUGAUCCCUGAGGAACUCCAUUUGUUCUUGUUUUUUUAUUUGAUGAAAAAUUAGAACCCUUAACUGAUUGAUUUGUUGGUAAUUAUUAAGCGCGAUGACAUAUAUAUAACAACUUUGAGUUUAAGUUACGAUCA